GGCGCCACGCGUCGCGGCGUGAUGACGUAAAGCACGCGCCGCGCGCUUACCAUACGCAGCUGCGGGCCGGUGUUUUGAUCCCAGGUGUUUCUCUUAGGUAGAGGUGUGCUGUGCUGUUUGCCAGGAUGUUUCAUGCUAUGGGCUCCGCGGAUGAGGAAGAGGAGCAGGCUGAGGAGGAUUGUCCUGAAUUGGUCCCCAUUAAGACGAAGCAAAGAGAGGAGAAGGAGGAAACGUCUGGCCCCGGCGCUAAGAUCCCAGUCACAAUUAUCACCGGGUAUUUAGGUGCUGGGAAGACAACACUUCUGAACUAUAUUUUGACAGAGCAACAUAGUAAAAGAAUAGCAGUGAUUUUAAAUGAAUUCGGGGAAGGAAGUGCAUUGGAGAAAUCCUUAGCUGUCAGCCAAGGUGGAGAACUCUAUGAAGAAUGGCUGGAACUCAGAAACGGUUGCCUCUGCUGUUCCGUAAAGGACAGUGGCCUUAGAGCUAUUGAGAAUUUGAUGCAGAAGAAAGGGAAAUUUGAUUACAUACUGUUAGAGACCACUGGAUUAGCAGAUCCUGGUGCUGUAGCUUCUAUGUUUUGGGUUGAUGCUGAAUUAGGGGCUGAUAUUUAUCUUGAUGGUAUCAUAACUGUUGUGGAUUCAAAAUAUGGAUUAAAUCAUUUAGCAGAAGAAAAACCUGAUGGCCUUAUCAAUGAAGCUUCUAGGCAAGUUGCUUUGGCGGAUAUCAUCAUCCUCAAUAAAACAGACUUGGUUUCAGAAGAGGAUUUAAGCAAAUUAAGAAGAACUAUUAGAUCAACAAAUGGACUGGGAAAAAUUUUAGAAACACAAAGAUCAAGAGUUGAUCUCUCAAGUAUAUUCGAUCUUCAUGCCUUUGACAGUCUCUCUGGAAUAAGUUUGCAGAGAAAACUUCAAAAUGUGCCAACAACACAACCUCACCUUGAUCAGAGUAUUGUUACAGUCACAUUCGAAGUACCAGGAAAUGCAAAGGAAGAAAGUCUAAAUGUCUAUAUUCAGAAUCUUCUGUGGGAAAAGAAUGUGAGAAACAGGGAUGACGACUGCAUGGAGGUCAUACGACUAAAGGGGCUGGUGUCGAUCAAAGACAAACCACAACAAGUGAUUGUCCAGGGUGUCCAUGAGCUGUAUGAUCUGGAGGAGACACCAGUGAGCUGGGAAGAUGACAGUGAGAGAACAAAUCGAUUGGUCUUUAUUGGCAGGAAUUUAGAUAAGGAUAUUCUUAAACAACUAUUUAUAGCUACUGUUACUGAAACAGAAAAUCAAUGGACAACACAUUUCAAAGAAGAUCAAGUUUGUCCAUAACACUAGAAGCAUCACCAAAAGGAUUGGAUAAUAAAAUUGGGAAUAAGUUUCCUAUUGGAUAUA